UGCGGAGGCCUGAAUGCACUACUUCACGGAAGGCAACUGAAAUGGUCACAUCAGGAAGACAACUUGAGCAGAAUCCUAUCUCGCUGCUGCCUAUGACGCAGAGGCUGCCCUCACAAUUCUCUCUGCUUGUUCCUCGAUUCUCCCUCCCAUUUGUGUGCCUAUAUACACACACACACGCAGAAGCGCGCACACACAACAUCUUCUUCAUCAUCUUAACUUCCUUCCUACUGUAAUAUAUCAAGAAAUUCAAUAGAGUGACAGAGAGGGGCGAUGGAGAUCACCGAAGAUAUUGUUAUAGUUGGCGGUGGAAUAGCUGGACUUACCACCUCUUUGGGUCUUCACAGGUUAGGAUUGAAGAGCUUGGUGUUGGAAUCAUCAGACAAGCUGAGAGUUACUGGGUUCGCUCUGACACUGUGGACUAACGCUUGGAGGGCUUUGGAUGCGGUUGGGGUUGCCAAUUCCCUUCGCCAACACUAUCCUACCCUUCCCAGGUUUCAAGUGAAUUCUUCACUUUCGGGUCUCAGUUCAGAGUUAUCGCCGAAUAGUAAAGGGGGAGACAACAAAGACUACGAAAUUCGGUGUGUGAGAAGGAAGGAGUUACUGGAAACAUUGGAGGGAGAGCUGCCCCGUGGAGCCAUCCGUUAUUCCUCUAUGGUUGUUUCCAUUGAGGAUUUAGGAUUCCACAAACUGUUGCGCUUAGCCGAUGGUUCCACUGUCAAAACGAAGGUGCUGAUAGGCUGUGAUGGAGUGAACUCACGGGUGGCGAAAUGGCUAGGCUUUGAGAACCCAGUUGAUUCUGGACGAUCAGCCAUUAGGGGGCUUGUUGAAUACCCAGAUGGCCACAGCUUUCAGCCAAGGUUCCACGUCUUCUUUGGCGGAGGAGUCCGCUUUGGCUUUCUUCCUUGUGGCGAGAAGUCCAUUUACUGGUUUUGCACCAUCCACUCAUCUCUACAACAUGAUGUCGAGGACAUGGAAGAGAACCCACUAAAGAUGAAGCAGUUCGUGCUAAGGAAGAUCAGCAAAAUACCCAAAGAAGCAGCAGACGUAGUGGAAAGAACUAAACUAGAUUGCAUUUCCUGCUCUCCAUUGAAGCUCAGAUUGCCAUGGCAUGUACUUCUGGGGAACAUAACCAAAUCCAAUGUUUGCGUGGCUGGGGACGCCUUUCAUCCAAUGACACCGGACAUCGGCCAAGGCGGCUGCUCAGCCCUAGAAGACGGCGUUGUUCUUGCCAGGUGCCUUGGCGAAGCCCUACUGGAAAGACCCAGAGAAGAAGAAGAAGAAGAAUACGAGAGGAUCAAGAAGGGGUUGGAGAAGUAUGCAAAGCAGAGGAGGUGGAGGAGUUUCAAACUCAUUUCCACAGCCGCUUUGGUGGGUUUCAUUCAAGAAAGUGAUGCAAGGGUGAUGACAUUCUUAAGAGAGAAACUCCUUUCGGGGUUCUCAGUUGGUGCAAUGUGGAAGAUGGCUGAUUUCGAUUGUGGUGACCUAUAUCAUUCCUAGAGGGUUAAUACUGUGUCCAAGUUUAUCAUUGAUACAAUGUAAUAUCGAUACCAAACAGUACCGCAUACCUAUUCAAUUAAAGAUUGAUGGGAAUAGUGUAUUCUUCAAGUGAUCUAUUUAUUGUUUGUCAAAUUUGAUAAAUUCCAUAGCA